AUGUGCAGAGCCAACUAUCGACCCGUCGACAAGAUGGUUGCCAUCAGGAUUGUUGCUAGCUUACUACUGCAUGUUGUAAUGGUUAGUGGCAAGCGCGGCGGAACUACAUUGCUUACCACUCCUGCCCUUUAUCGCCCGAUCGCAGAGUUGUGGUUGUUAGCCCUGAAAACCAAAGACAAAUAUGUAGUGUGCUUGUCGUCGUCGCCCGGCCCCGCUCACAUCACUUCUUUUCGAGUUUUCGGCUCCUUGGUGGUUUCAUCAUGCAUUCAGGACGAAUCCUUUGUCACCAUACUACUCGAAGUGUCAGGUGGUAUUGACGCCGUCACUUCUGCAGCUCUGAAAUAUGUCAAGAGCUUACGAUCGAUGGCUAAAACCCCUGAUAUAGCUUCCGAUAAUUUCAAGCUCGAGCUGCUUGUCCUAGUGUUUUCGCACUGUGUUAAAAUUAUCGCAACGACGAGCACGCUCGAUGCGGCGAUACGGGAAGCAUACCUCCUCCGGCAGUCCGUCAAAGAAAUUUUUGGGGCUCUCCGUGUUCUUCAGUCUCUUUUUCUGGGCAAAGAGAGCAUGGCGCAAGCCCUUGCCCCAAGUUUUACGUACCUCGACUUUCUCCUUAAAUGUGCUGACGACCCUGCCUCAGCACUCCAUCAAGCUCUUUGCGCACACGCCUUCGAAACAAUGGUACAUAUAAGUCCUUCCGGACCCCUGGAGGAGUCAAAGCUAGUGGAGACGGAUCCUCGUAGGAUCAACGAGGCGUUUUUUAGGACCUUAUUCAAAUACAGUCUUGACGACAAAAUCUUAUCCUACGUCUGUAAACAUGUGGACGCUUGGUCUAAUAAUCUCGGACCAAUCGUGAGAGAAGAGAAAUACCUCUUGGAUAUCUGGUCCGGUGUAGAGCAGACCAUUCGAACAUAUGCAACACUUAGGUCCAAGGCAGAGACGAUAUGGUGGCCAUCACCGAGUAAAAUGGGCCGGGUUCUACAGUGUCGCUGCGAUGGUACUGCAGAAGACAUCCGCUUCAGGCAAUGUGCGGGAUGUCAAGUUGUGCGGUAUUGCUCAAAGCGAUGCCAGCGUGAUUCCUGGCACAGUCACCAUAGGUUGAGCUGUAUUUUUUUAAAGGCAGCUGUCGGGUCAUCGACACCGCACCGCAUCAAACGUAGUCUGCGUCUGCUAGCCGCUCUAGAAGUGGGCCAUAUCCAACGCAAGUGGGACAAUAUUCUGAGAUUGUUCGCCGCUGCACGGUGCGAAUAUCCAAAAGAUCGAGAACGACUUGUGCUCGAACUCAGUCUUGAUAAGAAUGACGAAUCAGUUCGACCUCUUCGAGACUACAUCUUCCUGUUCAAUGGGCUCUCUGAAAAUGAGGUCGUGGACCGCAUAUCAUCAUCCUGGCCGAAUUCGAGGGGCCAACUUCACGGACUAUUUCUUUGUUCAGCCAUCACAAUACAUGAUCGAUAUUGGUCGCGGCAAAUUUUAUUCAGUCCGCGUAUUGCAUUAGAUAUGGAGAUAGUGCGGCAAACGCUCAGCCGUAACUCUCAGGAUGUAUGAAUUCCUGUACAUCGUCUGGCGGGACUUGCUUGCGUUUUUUUUUCCAUCUGCUGUAUCAGGUCGUGCUGCCGGUCCCGACAGGAAUGACGCAGUCAUAUCACUUCUGAUUAGUAGUAGUACGACAAUUCAUUAAUCAUUGCUUUCUCCAGUCGCCCUGUUUACCCCUCACGCACUGUAUAUGUAGUACAAUUCAAUUGGAGCUAUUUAGAUAUAUAUUACUUCAGAGUGAAGUCUUUUGGAUCGUAGACCCUGUGUCAGACAUGAUCAAUGACCAGCUUCAGUCGUGAGGAAG